AUGGCAAUGACACGUGAGGGCAUUUCUGCACCCAGAGCUGAAUUACGAAUCACCAAAUUAACCUCAAAACAACUGAGAACUGUCAAAUCAGCUGCCUAUUUACAGCUCGCCGCAUGUAAUAAAAAGCUACUAAUGUCAAAAACAUCCAAUAUUAUAAAGAUUGUGCAGGAUUUUAUGCUAAAAGAGAAUCGGCCCUAUGCAGUCAAUGAUGUAAUGGAGAAGUGUGGCAAGGAGCUGGGUAAAGCAGCCAUACAAAAAGCCUUGGAUUCCUUAGCUAGUAAGGAGAUUUUAAUAGCCAAGACCUAUGGCAAACAUAAAAUCUAUUUUGCUAAACAAAAUGUUAAUUACCAGGAGUUAAAAAAACAAUUGCAAUCUUUAAAACAAAAACUCUCACAAGCUCAAAAUAUUUUGAAAACCAAAGAAAAUCAAUUAAGUGAGUUGGAUUUAAAGUUGAAAUCUUUAAAUAAAAUAAAAAGUCUGGCUACUUUAGAGGAAGAAAGGGAUCAACUACUCGAUGAUAUAAGACACGCCAAUGAAAAGUUAAGACACUAUCAGGCCCAGGAAUCAGAGUCAAAGUUAUCCUCUCAAGACAUUAAAAAAAUUGAAACUAAAUACGAAAAUGUCUCUGUGGCCUUCCGUAAGCGCAAACGCAUGUGCAAUGACAUGUUGGAUGCCAUUAUGGAGGGUUAUCCUAAAACCAAAAAAGCUUUAAUAGCUGAUAUAGGUUUGGAAACGGAUGAAGAAGUUGGCUUUACUGUACAGUUAAAGCAUUGAGUUGUUACUGUUAAGUUUAAUACAUGUUUGGCAAACAUAUUUAAGUUAAUCUAAGGAAUUUUUGUGGAAAUUUAUGUUAUAAUUUUAAGAAAAUAUUAUCUACUUUAUUUUCAUGUGUCAAAGGUACAUAUUUAUGUAUGUAGGUGUCAGUAUUUCAUUUCAACACUUAAUAAAUUUCAUGGAAAAAUGUAUAAUUUAUAGAUAUGAAAACUGUUAAGCUCAA